AUGGCCAGCAAUGACAGUGGAAAGCGCAAUGGUCGGGGGCCCGUCGGCUUCGCCCCUGAAGUGUCCGCACAAACCGCGGCGCCCAUUCCCCAAGACCUGCAGAAAAUAUGGGAAUGGAACAGAACGGUUCCGGCGUCUGUGGAGCGGUGCGUUCAUGAUGUCAUACACGAACGCGUACAGGCGCAGCCGGAGGCACCAGCCAUUUGCGCCUGGGACGGCGAGCUGACGUACGGCGAGCUGGAUCGCCUUUCCACUGGCCUCGCGAGCCGGCUGAUGGAGCUGGGCGUUGGCCCCAACAUAAUGGUGCCGCUCUGCUUCGAAAAGUCCAUGUGGACGACGGUGGCGAUGCUUGGCGUCUCCAAGGCAGGGGCCACUUUCGUUCUUCUCGACUCGUCCCUGCCAGAGUGUCGCCUGCGAUCGAUGACGAGGCAAGUCAAAGCAGAGGUGAUGGUAUCGGCGCUCCCCAAGGAAGCCUUGGGCCAACGCCUGGUGUCUCGGGUUGUCACCCUUGGCUCUCACGUCCUUGAGGCGCUGUACGAGCAGCCGAUUGGAGUGCUGCCGGUCUCGGAUCCCUCGUCGACCAUGUAUGUAGCCUUUACGUCGGGCAGCACGGGGACGCCAAAGGGAGCCUUGAUAUCGCACCAAAACCUCGCUUCGGCACUGUAUCACCAGGAAGUGGGACUGCGAAGGACGAAGAGUUCUCGGGUGUACGACUUUUCGUCGUACGGCUUCGACGUCUCCAUCUGCAACGUCUUCACCACCUUGGCCGCGGGUGGAUGCUUUUGCGUGCCAAACGAACACGAUCGGCGGAACAACCUAGCGCAGAGCAUCGCCUCCUGCGAUGCCAACGCCAUCGACCUAACUCCUUCCGUCGCCCGCCUGCUGUCGCCAGAACUGGUGCCAGGCCUGGAGACCAUCAUCUUUGGCGGAGAAGCGCUGCAUAUAAAGGACGUGAACCCCUGGUGGGGAAAGCUGCAGAUUGUGAAUCUAUACGGACCGUGCGAGUGUACCCCAAACAGCAGCAUCAACUACAACCCUACGAGUGCCGAGGAUUCCACCCAUAUGGGAAAGGGGCUCGGGUUGGUGACUUGGAUUGUCGACGCAGACGAUCACGAUACCCUGCUCCCCCUGGGAAAUGUAGGCGAGCUCCUCCUCGAGGGUCCGCUCGUCGGUCUGGGCUAUCUUGACGAACCGGGGUUGACUGCUGCGGCCUUCGUCAGGGAUCCCGCCUGGCUCCUUCAGGGGGCUCCCGGUUGUCCGGGACGGCAAGGGCGACUGUACAAGACGGGCGACCUCGUUCGGUACGGCGAUGACGGAAACUUAGUCUUCGUCGGCCGCAAGGACUCCCAGGUCAAGAUACGAGGCCAACGCGUGGAACUUGGAGAGAUUGAACACGUACUUCGCAGUCACGACUCAGUGGAUGAUGCCGCCGUCGUGCUGCAGCACCACGAUGGUCAGGAUGCCUUCCUGGCCGGCUACGUCACCGUCUGUGACGAGGACAGUGACGAGGCCGGGAAGCAUCAGCCAAGCCAGGGGCAAGAAUUGCAGCUCGUGAGAGAAUGGGAGAUGCAUUUUGAUGUCGAGACUUACAGCAAGAUGGCGAGGGUGCGGCCUGAGACCAUUGGUCGCGACUUUAUCGGAUGGACGUCGAUGUACGACGGACGUGACAUUGACGUGGGGGAAAUGGAGGAGUGGCUUGUCGACACGAUGCAAGCGAUGCUCAACGGGAAGCCUGCCAGACACGUCCUCGAAAUCGGGACUGGCUCUGGCAUGGUCCUUUUCAACCUCGGCCAGGGGCUUGAAAGCUACGUUGGCCUCGAACCGACCGAGGGCGCCGUCGGCUUCCUCGCCGAGACAGUGAAGAAGAUUCCUGAGCUAGCACCCAAGGUGAAGAUAUACAGAGCCUCAGCGGGUGAGCUUCGUCGGUUGGAGCCCCCCAUCUCGGCAAACCUCGUCGUACUGAACUCGGUGCUGCAAUACUUCCCAAGUGAGGGUUAUCUCUCUCGAGUCAUCGAGGACGUUCUGGAGCUGGACGAUGUCGAUACCAUCUUCGUCGGCGACGUACGAUCGUACGCGCUGCACCGGCAAUUCCUGUCGAAGCGAACACUUCACCUGGCCGACCCGGAAGCCGCCACCAAGGGUGGGAUCCGAACGAUCAUGGCCGAGAUGGAGAGGGCCGAGUCGGAGUUGCUCGUCGAUCCCGCCUUCUUCACCGCGUUGCCCGCGAGGUUCCCCGGACGGAUCCAGCAUGUUGAGAUUCUGCCCAAGCUGAUGGCGGCAACGAACGAGCUUUCAAGUUACCGGUACGCCGCCGUCCUUCACGUCUCGUCUCGGAGCGCCAUUCAGCCUUUGGAGAUGGAAGAUGUUGGCCCCAGCGAAUGGGUCAAUUUUGUGGAACAGCAACUUGACGGCAUGUCGCUCGCUGCUUUACUUGAGAGAUCAUCUAGCCUCCAUGCCGUCGCUGUUUGCAACAUUCCGAACAGCAAAACGGUGUUGGAGAAUCAGCUCGUCGACUUCCUCGACGAAUCGGGGAGCAAUGGAUAUGGUGACACUGUUCACUGGCUGAAGACGAUCCGUCAGAGAGCCGAAGCUCAUGCCGCGCUCUCGGCCGCCGACCUGGUUGCAUUAGCCUCUCGAACCGGCUACAAAGUCGAAGAGGCACCCGAGGAGGUGGGUACCAUCAUCAAAUACAAUCUCUCCGAGAGCGCCAUCUCCGACCAGACGCUAGAUUCUUUGGGUAUUUCCAUCCCCACCAGCACCGUUCUGACCUACACAGAGCACAGGGGCAACCGCAAGCUCCGUACUCUCGUGGCGGAAGCCUCACAUGGCGCCCUAUCUCCCGACGACGUGCUCGUCACCAGUGGAGCCUCGACGGCCUUGUUCAUGAUCAUGACAGCCCUCCUCGGUCCUUCAGACCAUAUGGUCGUUGUUCGUCCCAAUUACGCGACCAGCCUCGAGGUGCCACGGGCCAUCGGCUGCGGCAUCACCUUGAUCGACCUCGAGUUCGAGUCUCAGUUCCGGAUGGAGACGUCACGCGUCGUCGCGGCUGUCCGUCCCGGUUUCACAAAGUUGAUCAGCGUUUGUACACCCAACAACCCAACCGGCACCAGGUGCAGCUCAGACGAGCUCCGGAUGCUGGCCAAGAUUGCCAAGGACAACAGCGCCUUCCUCCUCAUAGAUGAGACGUACGCCGACCUCAACUACUCCUCCUACUCGACGAACGGGGAGCGCAUCGUGCCUAUUGAAGGCACGCUCGGAAACCACGUGAUCCGCGUCGGUUCCAUGUCCAAGGCCUACGGAGUGCCCGGCAUCCGCAUUGGCUGGGUGAGCACGACGCACUCGAUGCUUCAGGAGUCGCUUCUUGCGGCUAAAGAGCAGAUCAGCAUCAGCGGAAGUGUCGUCGACGAGCUCAUCGCUGAGCAGAUCCUCGCUCGUCGUGACGAAAUCCUCCCAACAACAAUCACCGACAUGAUCCGUCGACGGGACCGCGUCGCGCGCUGGGUCGCCGAGGAGCGCGAUCUGGUGGAAUGGGUGAGGCCGGAGGCGGGAGUCAUGUGUUUUAUCAAGAUGAAGAAGGAGCCGCCAGGGGGGGUCGAGGUAUUCUACAUGAGGCUCCUCGAUCGCUACGGCACCUACGUAGGACGGGGAAGUUGGUUCGAGUGGGACGACCUGUUCUUCCGACUGGGCUAUGGGUGGCCGACAUGGGACGAGCUCGAGGCCGGGUUGGCCGCUAUUUCGCAGGCGCUUCGAGCAGGAUGA